AUGGAUGCAAAUGAUACCCUAUCCCAGCCAACUCCCAGUGGAAGGAGCUCUUGGUCCAAGGAGGCUGCAUUUGCUUGUGCAACUAUCCUUCUCAUGGCUCUAGGACUGGCCAUCAAAUACAGACGCGAAUUGCGGGACUUAGUACACUCAAAGAAUCGGCCGUGGUUAAGAUGGUUCCGGAAUGGUAAUUGA